GGGCGGGGGAGGCCCGGCCAUUCACCCAUGCUUGAGACUGCGUCCUCCGCUUGCCGCGGCGCCUCGUGGCCCAGCUGCUGCGGGUGAUGCGCCGGUCCCGGGAAACCUGGACGGCGGCCUGGGGUGGGAUGUGGCAGAGUCCCUCCGGGGUCUUGUGCGCAGUUGGGCGCCAGGCCGUGCAGAGGCCAGGCCGCGGCUCCCAGGAGGGCAGGAUGUUUCUCGGUGGUCUUUGCAGUCCACGCCAGGCCUGGGCCGGCCCUGUCUUUACUGUCCCAUACCAUACCUUCCCACUCUGAUAAGGAAGAAAUAAAUACGGACUCUGGAAGUAGCCUGGAUUUGAGAGCUGGAUGGAAGGCAGGCAUUUUAGUGAUCAUGGUGAAAAUGUGGCUGCAACUGACACAAGUUGGUCUAAACUGGGACUCCCAAAUAGAGGCCCAGAUGACCUGAUAAAGAGAAUAAAUAUAGAUAUGCAUACAGUAGUCAGAAUAACUCCAGUGGAAAUUACCCUAAAGUUCCAAAGUCUCUAAAUUACAACCUAGAGAAGACUUGCAUCUGGGCUGAGGUACAUCUUGUGAUUCAAGAGCCAAGGGAGCACACCGAAGAAAGAAAGCCUGUUUUGGUACAAGAAUUAGACCAAGAAAUAACAGUGCAUCUCCAAUUAAUAGUGAGUGGCCAGAAUGUGGAGCUGAUGAUCCAUUGUGACAAAACCUCAGAAGAAAAUUUUGAAUUUGUGAAUGGCUUUUAGCAGAAAUGAGGCAGAGUCUCUGGAGCCCCCUGGUCUGCCAGAACCAUCAGAAUGGCAGUACCACUGAGCCCUUCAUCCGAUCCAGCUAAUAAAAAUAAUAUGGUUGUGUGUAACCAGGCAUCGCAUUGCCGACUAGCAGAGAACCAGCGGGAAAUACAAGAUCUGAAAGAGAUAGUUCAUCAUUUCAGCUUCAUCCUCCACCAAGAGGAAAACAAUUAUGGUGAGGGCCAAGAGAUGAUUCAAUCCAGGCUAAGGGAGAAGCCAGCACUUGGAACUCCACAGCUUGAGAAGCUGGCACCUGCUGAGUUCAAGAAAUGCCAUGUAAAUAAGGCACGCACCCGCAAGCGGCGCCAGCUGCGUAAGAAGUCAAGAAAACAGACACAGAUUUGUCAUCUCAGCCUACAUCCCAGAGCCCUCCUCACCCAGCAUGACCCUGACAGCCACUACACAUGGGGCUUGCUGGAGCCACUGGUUGUUCACAUCAGGCUGGAAAAGCAUCUUGUCUACAAAUGUAGCCUGGCAAAAGAAAUGACGCAAAUGAAGGGUGGUUGCUGGGACUUAAUCUGCCCCAGCAGGAUCAGUGGGUGCUUUCCACCUCAAGUAGAGCCUGAGUUGGUACCAGGGCUGAUCAUGGGUGAAUAUUGUUGGUGCAUCGUCAUGAAAGCCACGCUGGUUAUGCAGCAGCGUUAUCCUGGUGGUGGCUGGACGAUAGUGCUGGAAGAGUACUCGUGGUGCACAAGGUUUGGAGUCUAUGGGAAUUCCCUUGAGGACAGAGUGCCACAUGAAGCCAAACCUGCAUUGUGUGAAAACCGAUCUCUAGCUGAAGGGCAUCGCAUCAUGGCAUGCACACACCUUGCAGAUGUACCUUACAUGUGGCAUGCCUCCUGGGGGGACAAGCUGGAAAUACUGUUCCAGGCCUGGGCCAGGGUCCAGCAGCCCUUAGCCCAGCAGUCCAUCCACUGGAUAGAGGCCAUUGAGGGGUAUGAUACCUCCUCCCAAAAGGAUGAAGUGGUAUCUGCAGACAGAGCUGAGGUUAUCCCCAGGGUGUGUGGAGAUCCACCCCCACUGGAAGGGCCAGAUACCAUCGUGCCUAUCCUCAAGGAAGAUGGAUCCUACGUGCUCUGUGGAUUUUGGGCUGAUGAGCCUGAAGCACCAGUCCAGGCCUGGUCUGAGACUGUGAAAUGUACAAUCCAGCAGCCCGUCUGCUGUGCUGAGGCCAAUGUGGUGGAAGACCUUUCCUACAAAAAGGAGGAAGGGGAGGUGGCAACUGCAGUCCAGGCCGAGACUAUCCCCAGGGUGUGUGGAGAUCCACCCCCACUGGAAAGGCCAGAUGUCAUCCUGCCUAUCCUGAAGGAUGACGGGUCCUACAUGCUCUGUGGAUGUUGGGCUGAUGGGUCUGGAACACCAGCGCAGGUUUCUGCUGAGCCUUGGCACCUUACAACCCAGCAGCCCAUCUGCUGUGCUGAGGCCAUUGUGGUGGAAGAUACCUCAAGCCAAAAGGAGGAAGGAGAGGUGGCAUCUCCAGACCUGGCCGAGGCAAACCCCAGGGUGUGUGGAGAUCCACCCCCACUGGAAGGGCCAGAUGUCAUCGUGCCUAUCCUCAAGGAUGAUGGGUCCUACAUGCUCUGUGGAUUUUGGGCAGAUGAUGAUGCUGAAGCUCCAAUCUGGGCCUGUGCUGGGGCCUGGCACCCUACAACCCAGCAGCCCAUCUGCUGUGCUGAGGCCAUUGUGGUGGAAAACCCCUACCACCAAAAGGAGGAAGUGGAGUUGGCAUCUACAGACCAGGCCAAGGCUAUCCCCAGGGUGGGUGAAGAUCCACCCCCACUGGAAGGGCCAGAUGCCAUCGUGCCUGUCCUCAAGGAUGACGGGUCCUACGUGCUCUGUGCAUAUUGGGCAGAUGAACCUGAAGCACCAGCCCAGGCCUGGGCUAGGGCCUGGCACUUUACAACCCAGCAGCCCCUCUGCUGUGCUGAGGCCAUUGUGGUGAAAGAUGCCACCUACCAAAAAGAGAAAGUCAUGUUGGCAACUGCUGAUUGGGCUGAGGCUACCUCCAGGGUGUGUGGAGAUCCACCCCCACUGGAAGGGCCAGAUGUCAUUGUGCCUAUCCUCAAGGAUGAUGGAUCCUACUUGCUCUGUGGAUACUGGGCAGAUGAGCCUGAAGCACCAGUCCAGGCCUGGGCUGGGGCUCUGCACCCUACAGCCCAGCAGCCCAUCUGCUGUGCGGAGGCCAUUGUGGUGGAAGAUGCCUCCAGCCAGAAGGAGAAAAUAGAGGUGGCAUCUGCAGAGCAGACUGAGGCCACACCCAGGGUGGGUGAAGAUCCACCCCCACUGGAAGGGCCAGAUGUCAUCGUGCCUAUCCUCAAGGAUGACGGGUCCUACAUGCUCUGUGCAUAUUGGGCAGAUGAGCCUGAAGCCCCAGUCCAGGCCUGGGCUGGGGCCCUGCACCCUGCAGCCCAGCAGCCCAUCUGCUGUGCUGAGGCCAUUCUCGUGGAAGAGCCCUCAUCACAAGAGGAGGAAGGGAAGGUGGCACGUGCAGACCAGGCCGAGGCUAAUCAGAGGGUGUGUGGAGAUCCACCCCCACUGGAAGGGCCAGAUGUCAUUGUGCCUAUCCUCAAGGAUGAUGGAUCCUACCUGCUCUGUGGAUACUGGGCAGAUGAGCCUGAAGCACCAGCCCAGGUCUGGGCUGAGGCCUGGCAUGCAAAAACUCAGCAGCCCAUCUGCUGUGCUGAGGCUUUUUGGGUGCUAAGAACUUCCUCUGGUGGAUACCAUGAAACCUGACUCUGUUCAUUCCAGUACCCCAUUUAUAUUAAAGUUUGGUUUUGUUAA